AUGACGUCACAUUCUCCUCCUGUAGAAAUUCGCCAUGAGGAAAUUAAGCCACUUUUAAUGAUAGAGGAGAUAAUCGUAUCGUGCUUAUCUAGCAAUUCUAAUUAUAAGCUUAAGAAUCGUAGAUUCCAUGGCAUUUCCACUAAACGAUCAAAUUUAUACAAAAUCUUUUACACCUAGAGAAUAUCAAGUAGAAUUAUUUUAUGCUGCUAAAGAUAAAGAUAUAAUUGUUUGUUUAGGAAAAAAUUAUGAACAAACAUUUCUUGUUAUAAAAUUAAUUCAAGAAUUUGCAACAAAUAAUAGAAGAUUAUUAAGUCAAGGAGGAAAACGAUCAUUAUACAUACUGACAGAUGAAGAUAAAUGUACUAUAAAAGCAAGUUAUAUACAACAAUUAACAGAUUUAAAAGUAUUGUUAUGUGACACUUGUUCAACUGCAGAAUUUAUAGAAAAGUUUGAAAUUUCUCAUGUAUUACUUGCAACUUCAAAGACAUGUGCACAAUUAUUAGCAGAUAAAAAAAUUUUACCUCAUCAAAUAAAUCUAGUCAUAGUUGAUGAGUGCCAUAAAUCUAUAAACAAUAGCCAACUAAAAUUUAUUUUACAAACUAUUUUAUCAUGUAAUAAUGUUCCCAGAAUCAUUGGAUUAGCUGUACCAUUAUUUAAUUUAACACAAGAACCUGGAAGAUUAGGAUUAGAAAUAGAAAAAGUAGAAAAUACAUUUCAAUGUGAAGUUGAAACAGCUAGUGAUAUAUUAUCUAUAUUACGGUAUAGUCCUAAACCUAAAGAAUAUGUAGUAGAAUAUGCUAAAAGUGAGAAAGGAGAAUUACAUAUUACUAUUGAAAAUCAUAUAUUGCAUGCUAUUGAAUUUCUACGUGAUCAUCGUUAUGAUCCAACUGAAAUUUAUAAUGAAGAAUUUUAUGAAGAUAUUCAAAAAAUACCAGAUCCUACAGAAAAGCCAUUUGAAAUGAUGCAAGAUCUUUUGCAUAUAUUAGAAACUCUUGGACCAUGGUGUGCAGAUCGUGCUGCAUUUGCUCUUUUAAUUUUAACGGAAAAAUUAAAAAUAAAAACACCUUAUGAAAGACAUUAUUUGUUAUUAAAUAUGAUUGCAUCUGUUUUUACGAAGAUACGAGCUUUAUGUGAUAAUGCAUUUGAAGUUUUAUCUGAAAAAGAAAAAAUAUAUAAAUAUACUACUACAAAAGUUCAUAGAUUAUUACAAAUUUUGAAAACAUAUACACCAUAUUAUACAAAACAUAUUAAUAAUACUGAUAAUAAAAUAAAUAAUGAAAAUAUUUCUCGGAAGUUUCCAGCAAAUAAUAGGGAUUCUAUUAAAGAUAAAUUUAUGCAAUCUAAAAAAUUAGAUUGUAAUUGGAAAAGUAGUGAAGAGAAUUGCAAAAAACCACCUGUAGCACGACAUAUGCGUGGCAUUACAGAUCCUGAUUUACUUUGUGGAGUAAUUUUUGUAGAUAAAGCAUUUGUAGCAAAAGUCUUAUUUUAUUUAUUAAAUGAAAUAUCUAUGCAUGAUGAAGAGUUACAUUUUUUAUCACCUCUUUAUACAAUUGAAAAAAAUAUUGAUGAUAUUAGUUAUUCAAAAGAUUUAGAAAUAGAACAUAGAAAACAAGAAGAAGUUUUGAAAAGAUUUAGAAUACAUGAAUGUAAUAUACUAAUUUCAACUUCAAUUUUAGAAGAAGGUAUAGAUAUUCCAAAAUGUAACUUUGUAAUGAGAUAUGAUUUUCCAAAAACUUAUCAAUCCUAUGUACAAUGUAAAAGUCGUGCAAGAGCUCCAGAUGCCCUGUAUGUAUUAUUGGUAUCACAAGAAAUGUCAAAGGAGUACGUAUGGCAACUAGCUCAAUAUCAUUAUAUAGAAAAGACUUUGUUAGUAAAAUGUUCUAAUAACGAACCAUCUGAAGAAGAAGAAAAUGAAGCAGAUAUGUAUGCUGCUAUGAUACCACAUUAUAAACCACUUGAUGGAGGUGAUGCACCUAAAGUUACUUUUAAUUCUGCUAUAUCAUUAGUAAACAGAUAUUGUGCAAAAUUACCUAGUGAUACUUUUACAAGAUUAACUCCAGAAUGGUCCAUUCAGGAAAUGAAUAUUGAUAAUAUACUUAUGUACAUAUGUUCUUUACGACUUCCUAUAAAUUCUCCAGUAAAAUAUAUUGUAUCAUCAUAUCCUAUGCCUAAUAAAGCUAUGGCAAGACGAAUGGCUGCUUUACAAUUAUGUAUUGAUUUACAUAGAAAAAAUGAAAUAGAUGAUAAUUUGUUACCUAUUGGGAAAGAAAAUUUUAAAGCUAAACCAGAGGAUGCAGAAGUGCCUGCUUUACCAGAUGAAAGUAAAGUAGAUUUUUCUGAAGCUCGACCAGGAACAACAAAACGAAGACAAUAUUAUUAUAAAAAGACAGCUGAGGCGUUAACAGAUUGUAGACCAAUAAUUGGAGUUCCUUCUUAUUUAUAUCAUAUUAACUUGGUGUUAAGUUGUCCCUUACCUGAAGAACAAAAUACUAGAGGAAGACGUAUAUAUCCACCUGAAGAAUCAGCUAUUGGUUUUGGUAUAAUAACAUUGAAAGAAAUUCCUAAGUUAUGUCCAUUUCCUAUAUAUACUAGAUCUGGAGAAGUUCAUGUAAAAUUGAAACUUACUAAACAGACUAUAAUUUUAAAUGAAAUGCAAGUAGAAAAAAUUGCUACUUUUCUUAAUUAUACUUUUACAAAUGUAUUAAGAUUACAACAAUAUUUGAUGCUCUUUGAUCCUAAUGCUUCAGAAAAUUCAUAUAUGAUUGUUCCUGUAAAAUUAGAUGAACAAUCUGACAUUGCUGUAGAUUGGAACUUUUUAGAAUGUAUAUAUAAAAAUCGAAAUAUAGGACCAACUAAAAUUCCUGAAGAAGCCAGAAAAAACUUCAAGUUUGAUGCAUCAAAAUAUCACGAUGCAGUAAUUAUGCCUUGGUAUAGAAGUCAGGAUCAACCUCAGUAUUUUUAUGUUGCUGAAAUUUGUACAAAUUUGAAUCCUAAAUCUUCUUUUCCUGGUAAUGAUUAUGGCACUUUUGAAGAAUAUUAUUUGAAAAAAUAUGAUAUACAAAUACAAAAUUUAGAUCAACCUUUAUUAGAUGUGGAUCAUACAUCAGCUAGAUUAAAUUUUUUAACACCAAGAUAUGUUAAUCGAAAAGGUGUUGCUUUACCAACAAGUAGUGAAGAAACAAAACGAGCAAAACGAGAAAAUUUGGAACAAAAACAAAUUCUUGUUGCUGAAUUAUGUGCAAUUCAUCCUUUUCCAGCUUCAUUAUGGAGACAAGCAGUUUGUUUACCUUGUAUUUUAUAUAGAAUUAAUGCUCUAUUACUUGCUAAUCAAAUACGAUGUCAAGUUGCCCAAAUGAUAAAUUUAGGACAAGAAAAUUUAAAUUCUGAUUUUGAAUGGCCAGCAUUAGAUUUUGGAUGGAGUUUAGCAGAAGUUUUAAAAAAAUCUAAAGAAUCUGAAAAAACAAAAUUAAUUAGAAAUGAAUUAAAUUCUACAAAUGCAAUUGAUACCAAAUGUCAAAAUAUAUCUAAAGAUAUUACAGAAAAUUUAUAUAAAUUAGAUAAAGAAGAUUUAAAUGAAAGUAAUUAUGAAUUUCAAUUAACGAAUGAUAAGAUAACUGAAGCAGAACAAAUAUCAAAUGAUGAAAAUGAAUUAGAAAUUGGUACUUGGUCAAGUGAUAUGGCAAUGAAUUCUUUAGAUUUUGGAGCAAAUAAUUUAAAAUCAUUUCCUCUAAAUGUGACUGUUUUACCAAAUGAAUUUAAUUGGAAUGAUAUUCGAUAUGGAUCUCCUGCAUGUGAAUCAGAUUUUGAUGGUUAUGAAUCAGAUGAUAUUUACAGUGAUGGAUUUGCUGAUACUUCUGACGAAAGUGAAGAUGAAAACAGGGGGUUACGAAUUUCUUAUAUGGGAGAAAAUGUUGCAGAAGCUGUAGAAGAUGAAAAACAAAUAUCAAAACAAGAAGUUAAUAAGAGAAUUUUGGAUUUGUUAGAAACUGAAAAAAAUUCGGAUGAAAUUUUAUGGUCAUAUGCAAAAGAGAGCGAAGUUUUAAUUACAAAACAUAAAUUAGCUCAUUAUGAAUUUGCUAAAAUUAGAGAAUGUGAAAUAAAACAAAAUGGAUCUUUUAUACCUUAUAAUAAUAAGAUUGUAAUUAAAAGAAAAACUUCAUUUAGCUUACAUUCUGAAGAGAAUUUACCAAAUUAUAAGUACAAAACUUAUGUAGAAACUGUGGUUGAUAAAUUUACUCAAGAAAUAUUGAAUAAUAAUGAAACUAUACAACCAAUAAAAAAAAAUUCUAAUACACCAAAAUUUACAUAUCAUUUCGAUAGUAAUCUUUUUAGCUUUGAUUUUCAACCAAAAUUAGAAAAUCAUCCAGGUCCAAGUCCUAGUUUAAUUUUGCAAGCUUUAACUAUGUCCAAUGCAAAUGAUGGUAUUAAUUUAGAACGUUUAGAAACUAUUGGAGAUUCUUUCUUAAAAUAUGCUAUAACUACUUAUUUGUAUUGUACAUAUGAUAAUAUACACGAAGGGAAGCUUAGUCAUUUAAGAUCUAAACAGGUCAGUAAUUUAAAUUUAUACAGAUUAGGAAGACAAAAAAUGUUGGGUGAGAGCAUGAUAGCAACAAAAUUUGAACCACAUGAUAAUUGGUUACCUCCUUGCUAUUAUGUUCCAAAGGAACUUGAACAAGCAUUAAUAGAAUCUGGUGUACCUUCUACUUUAUGGAAUCAAGCUGACAUUCCAGCUUUACAAGCUGUAAAUCCUUUUGAAAUAACUCAAUUAGUUCGAGAAACAGAACAAAAAUUGGGUGUCAUGAAAAAUGAACUUGACCGCAAUGAAACAACACUUCCAAAUAAUUUAGAUAAUAUGCGUUGUUUUAUACCAUAUAAUUUAAUUACUCAACAUAGCAUUCCUGAUAAAAGUAUAGCAGAUUGUGUCGAGGCAUUAAUUGGAGCGUAUUUAAUUGCUUGUGGACCUAGAGGUGCAUUACUUUUUAUGGCUUGGUUAGGAAUUCAUGUUCUACCUACAGAAGAAAUUAAUAUUAUUCAAGAAACUGAGCCAAAAGAUAGAAUUCCAGGAAGCACUCCUUUUGUAAAAGGAAAAAAUGAAAAAGGAGAGACAAUAUGGACACAGAUUCGUUAUGGAAAAUUGGAAGAACCACAAAAUCCUUUACUUCGAUAUAUUGUUGACCCAGAAGAAGAAUUAAAACUGAUGCUUGAUGGUUAUGAAGAAUUAGAAAAAAACAUAGGAUAUAAGUUUCAUGAUAUUAGUUAUCUGCUACAAGCAUUUACUCAUGCAUCAUAUCAACCCAAUAGAUUAACAGAUUGUUAUCAACGUUUGGAGUUUCUUGGAGAUGCAGUUUUAGAUUAUUUAAUAACAAGACAUUUAUAUGAAGAUACUCGACAACAUUCUCCAGGUGCUUUAACAGAUUUACGAUCUGCUUUAGUUAAUAAUACUAUAUUUGCUUCUUUAGCUGUGAGAUGUGGAUUUCAUAAAUAUUUUCGACAUCUUUCUCCUGGUCUAAGUAUUGUUAUAAAUCGUUUCGUUAGAAUUCAAGAAGAAAAUGGACAUUCUAUUAGUGAAGAAUAUUAUUUAAUUGGAGAAGAAGAAUGUGAAGAAGCUGAAGAUGUAGAAGUACCAAAAGCAUUAGGUGAUGUUUUUGAAUCAUUAGCUGGUGCAAUUUAUUUAGAUAGUGGAAUGUCCUUGGAUGCAGUAUGGAGCGUCUAUUACGCCAUUAUGAAAAAUGAAAUUGAACAAUUUAGCACAAAUGUUCCUAAAUCUCCAAUUCGUGAAUUAUUGGAAUUGGAACCUGAAACAGCAAAAUUUGGAAAACCAGAAAAAUUAGCCGAUGGACGAAGAGUUAGAGUUACAGUGGAUGUUUUUGGUAAGGGAUCUUUUAAAGGAAUUGGAAGAAAUUAUAGGAUUGCAAAAUGUACUGCAGCAAAAUGCGCAUUAAAAAAAUUAAAGAGAAUGCAAAAUUAUUCAAGGGAAAAACUAUGAUAGCAUAUAUAAUAUUAGAUCAAAAUAAAAACAUAUAAAAUAAAAUGAAUUUCUUUAUUAUUAUUAAAAUAUAUUUUUAUAAAGUUGUGUUCAUAAAUAUUUACGAAUUUGUAAUAUAAAUAAUUUUUAUGCAUUUUAGCUUAAUAUAAUAUAUUGAUGGUAUAAAAUAGA